AUGCGUUUCGGGCCAGUGGCGGCGUAUGCCGCGUUCGCAGGAUGGAUAGGGGCGGGCGUGGCACACAACAUCCAGCUGAGAGCGCACACGAGGGAAUGCUUCCAUGAAGAACUACACAAGGAGGACAAGAUGACGGUGACAUUCCAAGUGGGCGACCGGGAGUUUGGGGGUUCGGGGAAUCUGGAUAUUGAUUUCUACAUUCUUGACCCGUCGGGAUCGUACGAAACACAAAUCAACUCGGUCUCGUCGGGCGACUAUUCGUUCGACGCCCGCCUGGACGGGAAAUACGUCUACUGCUUCAGCAACGAGCACUGGUCCGCCAACAGCAAAGAAGUGUCGUUCAACGUCCACGGCAUCGUGUAUGUGCCUGAGUCGGAGGCGCCACAGGAUCCGCUGGACCAAGAGGUCCGCAAACUCUCCGAACUUAUUGCCCAAGUGAAGGACGAACAAGCCUACAUUGUCGUCCGUGAACGAACGCACCGAAACACGGCCGAAAGCACCAACUCGCGAGUCAAAUGGUGGUCGAUCUUCCAGUUGGGCGUGUUGAUAGGAGAAGGGAUUUUCCAAGUGUGGUGGUUGAAGCGUUUCUUCGAGGUGAAUAGCCGACCCCUUCCAUAA